AUGCUCCCCCCUCCACCCCAUCUCCAGUCUGCCGCACUGCCUAGCGUGUGUCUUGUUUUCCAAUCUUCUUCUCUUGGCUGUGUGCUGCAAGCCACAUUUACUUGUACUGCUGCCCUACCUACCCACCACGUUCCCCCUGGCCGUUCUCUUUGUGGAUAA